AUGGAGCAAUAUGAAUUCCAUCCUUACCCCCGGCACCCGAUCAGCGGCACAGACAGAGUCUGGGUUGAGCUCGAGCCCAAUAUCCAUCAGAUGACUCUCAACGAGGAUCUAGCCGCAGGCCGCAGGACGGUGCUCCAGCGAUGGCAGCCGAGGACGGCCAACGUGCAGCAGAAUUUCAUCCACGAGUACGUAGAGGAGAUCUUCAUUGUGGAGGGCGACUUGGCGGACAUGAAGCGCGGUGGGAAGUGGCAAGCAGGCUCCUACGCGUACCGAAAACCCGGCAUGGAACAUGGGCCCUUCUACAGUGAGAACGGGUGCUUGAUGUUCAUCGUUAUCCAGCCAGCUGCAGAGUAG